GCUCACAACCGGACGUGACAUCAACACUGAGAGAAGAAGAAGUUUCUAGAGAGUGAGGAGCAACAAAACAUGAGGAAGAGAGAACAUAACUAUCAAAUACUGGAGUUAAUUCAACUUGAGAUGCUCCUGACAACACGUAAAGCAGCAGUGAAGUAAAGAGUGGUUGAGAUUAACAGACUGGUAGUGUAACUCCUCUGUCAUCCAGAGAUACAGCAGUGAGUGAGUGAGUGAUCUGAGCUGUCAGCUGGUGUGUGGCUGCAGCAUGUCGGUGCACUUCGAGGAGAAGAGCGGUGUGGUCCCCUGUCAGACCCCCUGGGGCUCCUGGUACCAGACCAUGGAGGAGGUCUUCAUCGAGGUCAAUGUGCCUCAGGGGACGUCUGGGAAAGAGGUGAAGUGUCGUUUGGGAUCCAGAGACAUCGAGCUGCAUGUCAGAGGAGAGGACAUCUUCAAGGGAAAGUUGUUUGACACAACCAUGUCUGACGAGGCUACGUGGACACUAGAGGACAAGUGUCUCAUCCGGAUCAUUCUGAUGAAGACCAACAGAGAGGCGGGGAACUGCUGGUCCUCCCUGCUGGAGGGGGAGUACUGUGCGAACGCCUGGGUCCAGGACCAGAUGCAGAGGAAGCUCACAUUGGAGCGGUUCCAGCGGGAGAAUCCUGGAUUUGACUUCAGCGGUGCAGAGAUAUCUGGGAAUUUUGCUGGCGGUGGUCCGGACUUUUCCAGUUUACAGAAGUGACCGAUGUCAUGAUGCCAAAAACCUGUUACAUGCUGGAGAUGUAACCUCUGUCUAAUGAACACUAUGGAGGACAUCCGUGGCACGUAGAGGAACAGGGGAUUAAUCUGAGCUCGUGUGAUGAGAAAUCAAAGAUUUGCCUUCAGAACUCAAAAACUGGGCGGUCUACAAGACUUUACUGUUCAACAGAGACACUUUUCACAGCUGCCCUUUUAUCUGGCUAGUUUAGGCCUGAUUUUGUAAGUCUCAUUAUACAGAACAACAGAUGAUGGAAACUGUUCUAUUUGAUUAUAAGAAGCUUGCGUGAUGUGUUUUAAUAAUGAGAAGAAUGCACAAGCAAUGGCUUUUCAAUAAGGUUUUAUUGAAAGGUACAAGUACAUAGGUUAACAAGAUGGUGUAUUCAAUUAGCCAUUUUGAAUUUGAGAAGAGAACACAUUUUUAUUUUUGUCACUAAAAGAAACUUCUACUCAACAGGGAAACUGAAAAAGAAAAUGCAAUACAAAUUCCAAUCCACAUUUCCACUGCAAUGGCCUUUUUUUGUAGUGUUCUCUGCAUAAUUGACAACUGAAACCAAUUAAUAUAUGUGGUACUUCACUCUGUGUACACUAAUUAAGUAUUGAAAACAACUCAUCUGUAACCACUGAUGGCAUUUCAGCUCAAACAGUAUGGUCAGCCAUACAUGACGGGAUCGUCAGUAGCCUCGCUUCACUGGAGAAAACCAGAGUUCC